GGUCCCUAUGUUGAGGUACCGUGCACGCACUGACUGCAUUCACCCAGCCGAUCCACCCAUGGCCUUCGACGGGAAGAGCCAACAGUACGCAUCGCAUCCAUUGUCGGCGGUGACUGGCAGAAGGUGAAAGACAAUCUUUGUCGAUGCCAUCACAUCACCACUCAACCCGCAGAGCACACGCACACGCGCGGACGCGAGCCAGGACCUGCAGCAUCAGGCUUGUCGACCCACUGCGAACCUUCUCCCCGGUCGCAGACUCGAUGUCUGGAUGCAGCAAAGAUCACCCCUCUGCUCGCGCCGUCUCUAACUUGUCUUGGCACCUUCCGCCGGCUCAUCUUCCCCGGCUCAAGUGCACUGCUCCCAAUCAUCCUAGCCCAAAUUUCUUCUGCAGAGCCCGCAGUCCGUCCUAUUGGCCGUAUGCACAAAUAUCAAGAUAUUGCUGUCCGUACGGCUGCACCACUGCAAGCCUCCGUUUAGAAUCCCCCGAACGGUCGGAACUGAGGAAGAGUCAAUCGGGCCUAUGCCGUCUAGUAUCAGUUUGCCAUCUCCAACCACACAAGAACCGAAUUGCCAUGCAAUAAUGCCCAGCGGCCGCAAACGUCAUUUUCGAUAUGGGACUCAUCCCCCGGCAGUUGUAGGAUCGAAGCGACGACCCGCCUCGUCCCCACUAAGAGCAAUAGAUCUGCGCCUGUGACGACUUUAAGCAGCAUGCACAUAAAGACGGCGACUUGACGACAACAUCCCUACCGAGUAUCACAUGCCGGUUUC